AUGCUGUACGUACGCGUCACAAUCGAUUGGGACACAUCGAUUGGGACAGUGUCCACAGCGGAAUGUACCCUGAGUCAAGCUGCAGAGGUGAGUCAAGCUGCAGAGGUGAGUCAAGCUGCAGAGGUGAGUCAAGCUGCAGAGGUGAGUCAAGCUGCAGAGGUGAGUCAAGCUGCAGAGGUGAGUCAAGCUGCAGAGGUGAGUCAAGCUGCAGAGGCCUACUCUCGUUCCAAAGGCCCACCCGGCCACCGCAACCCCGGCCUCCUCCCUUUUCAUUUUUUUUUCGGCUCCUCCGCCACCUUCCCCCCUCCCCCCCUUAGCGCUCUCCUUUUUCCCGCAGCCUUGCUGCUGCCUUUGCGCCUGCCGUCGCCGCGGCCUCCCCAGCCGCCGUCGCCCGCGCCUUCCCCCCGCGACCUCGUCGUCGCCUCCGCGCCCGCGUCGUCACGGCCUCGCCAGCCGCCGCCGCCCGCGCCGCUCCCCUCCGCGGCCUCGUCGCCGCCUCCGCGCCUGCGUCCGCCGCGGCCUCGCCAGCCGCCGCCACCCCGCGCCGCUCCACGGCCUCGUCGCCGCCUCCGCGCCCACGUCGCCGUGGCCUUGCCAGCCGCCGCCGCCCGCGCCGCUCCCCUCCGCGGCCUCGACGCCGCCUCCGCGCCCGCGUCCCGCCGCCGCCCGCGCCGCUUCCCUCCGCGGCCUCGACGCCGCCUCCGCGCCCGCGACGCCGCGGCCUCGCCAGCCGCCGCCGCCCGCGCCGCUCCCCUCCGCGGCCUCGACGCCGCCUCCGCGCCCGCGUCGCCGCGGCCCCACCAGCCGCCGCCGCCCGCGCCGCUCCCCUCCGCGGCCUCGUCACCGCCUCUGCGCCUGCGUCCGCCACGGCCUCGCCAGCCGCCGCCACCUCACGCCGCUUCGCGGCCUCGUAGCCGCCUCCGCGCCGACCACCGCCGCCUGCGCCAUUCCUCCACCUCCCCACCGCUUCCGCACCCGCGCCACAGCAGCCCCACCAGCUGCCGCCACCUGCGCGCUUCCCUUGCAGCCGACAAAUCUGCCAUUAACUGGCACUCGUUCGUCGGCAGCAUCCGACGUGUCCUCAACGAUGCAUGGAUCCCCCCCUACCGCGUCCUUGACGUCAUCCUCCGCCGCCCCCAUGCCCUCCCCCCCACCGAACCUGACCACCCCGGCAAGACCCCUCCUCUCCCUCCCCCUCCUGGCGACCCUCCCCUUGAGCCCGAGCUCCAGACCGCCGCCGACCAAGCCACCGCAGAUGCAGAUUUCAUUAUGCGUCGCCGUGCCUACCUCAUCCGCAAAGCCGAGUACGAUGCAGCAGCUGAUGCCUACGCCCAGGCCGUUGCUGGCCGCAAUGCUCACCUCGCCGUCGUCGCCAAAUACAACGACGAUAUGGCUACCUUCACUCCUAGGUUCAUCGCCUGGUCAGCCGCUGACAACCGAGCAUGCACCGUCAUCCUCGGUGCUCUCCCCGACUCCCUCAUGCGCCGCUUCCAGGCCCGGGAACUCCGUGCCUCGGUGAUAUGGGCAGAACUCCAUGCUAUGUUCGAACGCCGCGACAUCAGCUCAGUGGGAAUCCUCUUCCAGGAAUAUUUUUCUAUUACCCUCGCCACCUGUGACGGAGCAGUAGACUAUGUCGGCCGCAUGCGAGAGGUAGCUGAUCUCCUCGAAGCCCGCCAAGCCGGUCUCUCCGAACCCCUCCAAAUCCAUCGCCUCCUCUUCAACCUCACCCCAGACUAUGAAUCCCACCUUCACGCCUUUACCGAGGCCAAUCCCAUGGCCAAUCUCACUUCUGUUGAACAGUGGAUCAUCGAUACCGAAGUCAAGGAAGCAGCAGCGCAAGCAGCCGUGGUGGCUCUACUGGGGAUGAGCACGGCACCCCCACGCUCUCCUUUUUCCCGCAGCCUUGCUGCUGCCUUUGCGCCUGCCGUCGCCGCGGCCUCCCCAGCCGCCGUCGCCCGCGCCUUCCCCCCGCGACCUCGUCGUCGCCUCCGCGCCCGCGUCGUCACGGCCUCGCCAGCCGCCGCCGCCCGCGCCGCUCCCCUCCGCGGCCUCGUCGCCACCUCCGCGCCUGAGUCCGCCGCGGCCUCGCCAGCCGCCGCCACCCCGCGCCGCUCCACGGCCUCGUCGCUGCCUCCGCGCCCACGUCGCUGCCUCCGCGCCCACGUCGCCGCGGCCUCGCCAGCCGCCGCCGCCCGCGCCGCUCCCCUCCGCGGCCUCGACGCCACCUCCGCGCCCGCGUCGCAGCGGCCUAGCCAGCCGCCGCCGCCCGUGACGCUCCCCUCCACGGCCUCGACGCCGCCUCCGCUCUUCCCUCUUCUCCCCGUGCUCCCCUCAUCUCCUCGCUCUCCCCUUAUCUUCCCCGCUUUCCCUUCAUCCCCACCUCUCCCCUCAUCUUCCCCGCGCUCCCGUCAUCCCCCCUCUCUCCCUUCAUAUCACUGCCGCGCUCUGUUGUUUUCUUCCUUCACGCCCCCUCUCUCCCCAUCCUCCCCUGUUCCCCGCUUUCGGACUCACCCCUCAUCCCCUUCCCCCUCCCAUACCUCAACUUCCCCCCUGGUGAUGCCUCGUCUCCCCCCCCCCCCCCCUCCCCCUCCCCAUCCACCCUUCAACUCGCGCCCCUCCCCUACCACCGCUCCCUCAUUUCCCUCGUCUCUCACACCCCCCUCCACUCUUCCACAACCCAGCCACUCAAGUGGGUGA